GCUACUCGGUUAGCUGCAUCGAUUAUAAAUCGUUACUCUGAGAAGCAGAAGCCUAUUAGACUCCCGGUCCCAGCCAUUUGGAAACCAGCAAUGUUGUGGACAGGAAAACAACUUAUGGAACUUAUUCUAUAUGAUGACUACACAAAUCCAAUGAAACUCAAUUUAACAAUACCCAACAAGAGCUACACGGGUAAUCGGGAAUUUUGUAUUAAGGACUCCUUUGUCAUAUUCCGAAAUGGGCAGCUCAUAUCUGGAGUUCUGGACAAGUCCUUGUUAGGUUCUAGUUCAAAGACAAGUAUUUUCUUCAUUCUCUUACGAGACUUUGGUGAAGGUGCAGCAGUGGACGCAAUGUGA